AUGUCAACAACGACAGAAAGAGAACGACCUAGUUUGAGCAGACCAUUAUCUGAGAUAUCAGAGAACGAAUCAAAUUCAAGAAGGGUAGUAUCUGGAGUGUCAAACAGAUCAAGUAUGCAUUCAAAUAAAAACAAAUCACGUCCUGUUUCAGAAGUGAAAGAAGAUUUACAAUCACCCAAUCCCACUUCAAAUUCCAGCUCUAAAAGAAUGAGCGUGGGUCCUGUUCAAACUAUCACUUUGAACUUGGUAGAAUAUGCAAAAUCGCAACCCCAAUCACAAACACAAUCACAAUCACGAUCGCAAUCACAUCAGCCCACUUUAUCUCAGCCAAUACAAUCCCAUUCGACAAAUGGAGGAUCCCCACCUCCUUCUCCAAGUACAAAACCUACGCCUACACCGCCGCAACUACCUAGAAGACCAGAAUCGUCAAUGUCUCUGAAUAAGAAGGGCAAGGAGAAGGAGAACGAGACGGUCAAGGAGAAGAAAGGUUCACCGAAGCUUGUGGAGAAGGAACUGCCUGAGACUGGCGAAUCAUCUCGGUCCGGUGUGUCUUCAUUCCUGCUAGCUAAACGAGCUUCUCUUCGGCCUUCAUCACUCAGUAUAUCCUACGCUGAAGUAGCAAAACCUCUUUCAUCCCCAAAUACGACCUCGUCGACGAACGUUCCUACCGCUUUCGACUCGUUGGAAAGCUUACAGAGUAACGCAGAUACACCAAAUAAACCUACGACCAAAUCGAAACCUUCGUGGUUGAGACGAGCAAGUGGUACUGCAGCACUACGUUCGAAAUCUAGAACACCACCACCGAAAGAUGAUUCCUCCCUACCCACUUCAACAUCGCUACCCCCCGCUCUACCGCCGCGUAAAGGAUUAGAAUCGAUGGCAGAAGUACCAACAUCUCAAUCGUUACCGGAAGAAAGUAUGGCACCUCCACCAUUCCCACCCAGAAAGAGUUCUUAUGCCAGUAUCACAGCGGCCGGACCAAGUAGGAGCAGAUUAGGAGAAGGUCAAGGUCGACCUGCAUUUUCACCAUCCACAUCUUCAUCAUCCUUCGCUGGUCCUCCGCCCCUACCGCCAAGAGACAAUAUAGGCAACAUCAGAGGUAAGAUCGCUGCUUGGACAGCAGCUGCAGCACAAUCCGGUGGUGGUUUCACCCGAUCAGACUCCUCAGCUUCACUUCAAACUCAAGCUGGAUCUGGAAUCGGACAAUCACAAAAAUUCCCUGCUUCCGCUCAAAGAGUGUUAGGACAUGCCGGGACAGCGGUGCAGAAAGGCUGGGCUGGGUUGAGGUCAAAAGGUGUCGGAGGAAGUAUCAGCUCGAUGAGUUCGUUAGGACAACCAUCAAGGAAGAACGGGUUCGAGCCGUCGGGUUCAUGGGGAUCAGGAUUAGGGAAUAGAGGAAGUAGAGAUAGAUCUAGAUCGGACAAUUACGAGUUUGGUGCAGGAGCUAUACCGUCAUCUGAUGGACCGGUAUUCGAAAUCAUAACCAUAAAAAGAUCGAGUAGCGGACAGACUGGGAAGGUGUUUGGAAGGGACAUCGUCGAUGCUGGAAAGGAAUGGGGUGGGACAGAGAUGGACGAAGAGGGUUUGACAGAGUGGGAAAGGAGAAGGAGAAAAUGUUUGCCGGCUGUCCUGAUCCGAUCGGUUGAAUACUUGCAAAUGUGGGGACCGAAAGAAGAAGGUAUAUUCAGAAUUAGCGGCAGAAGUAGUCAUAUCGCCAGGUUGCGGAAAGAGUUUGAUUCUGGCGCGGACAUCGAUCUUGUACAAUGCCACCCAGGAGAUUUAGACCCUCAUGCCGUAGCAGGACUUUUCAAAUCAUAUCUAAGAGAAUUGCCAUCACCACUCCUCACCAAUCACCUCGUUCCUCGCUUCGAAGCUUACGCCAAAGGAAAAGGAAAAGCUGUGAAUAGAGCACCUCUUGUCUCUGACUUAGCGGAGGAUGGACAGCGUGACGAACAGGAGAAUCUAAAGAGCCUAGUCGACCUGCUACCCCAAGCUCAUUGGUUCCUACUUGCUGAUAUCGUGAUGCUGCUCGACCUGAUCCCUCGACACUCGGCCACAAAUAGAAUGACCCAAAACGCACUGAUGCUGUCCCUAGGCCCCUCACUAAAUAUAUCCGGCAGCAUACUAAAUGAACUGAUCGAAAAGCGAGAAGUCCUAUUCGCAGAACCUCCUUCACCAACAGGAAUGGAAACCGCCAUCUCAUUAAUCGACUUUGGAGACGUAUCACCCGUUACGCCGCUUUCCGAAAUACCCCCGGCUCUGCAUGAAGAUCAGUCUGCUCCGCCUUCCAUCAUAGGCUCUGCUAAAUCUAAGAAAGCCCCUCGGCUACCCGCCAAGCCCAGCUUGACGAAGCUAUUCACCUCGAGUCAUAUUUCUUUACCACGACAAAAGAGCGUUGACACGCUUCACAGUAUAAUCAAUACAGAACCUCCGCGAGUAGAUCUGCCUAUAUCGCCGACAUCACCUCUGCCCACAUUUGAGUCGCAACAACCUAUCCCUGAUCUUCACGAUAACGACAAAACCCCGAAGCCGACUCUGGAGGCGGUGUCAAAUACAUCCGCAGCCGCAGUGCCCCUCCCUGAUACUCCGGUAUCGAACGCCUCAGAAAAGAUGGAAGACCAGCAUUAUCCCUCUGGUACAGUCGAUGAACGGGCAAAGUUGUUUUCAACACCCAUAGCAGAUAAGUUUCAAAGCACUUCAUCGCCUUUCCCUCCUCUGCGAGCUCCGAGAAGCUCCAACGGGUCGACUCUGAGUGUCCACUCUUCCACAAGUGAUGGUCAUCUUUCACGAACUGCGAAUUCCGACUCGAAUCCAGCAAGUAUCGUCAGAAGAGGUGCACCUGUAUUCUUCUCCUCGGCAGGUGUGGAAAGGCAAGGCAGUCACAGUAGAUCGGCUUCGGCUUCAGCUGCUAUUGUAUUGAAUGGAUCUGGAAUCAAGAGGAAAGAUGGACAAGGUGAUGAAAGGGAUAUAAGGGCAAGUUCCGAAGAAAGUGAAGGUAGAACUAAGAGAUUAUCUGCUGGUUUGGAUAAUCCAAGAGUAAGAGAAUUCACUGUGUGA